AUGGAUUUCGCGUUGGAACUGUUGCGCUAUUCUUCGGAAGCUGAUGAAACGUCGCUGCUAUCACCAUUUGCAGUCGUUUCCGCAAUGUCUGUAUUGUAUUCAGGAGCUAGAGGUAAAACCGAACGUGAGAUUGGAGCAGCAAUUUCCGCAG